AUGGAUGACUCGGAAUCUGGAGGUACUAUUGGUAGAAAAAAGGGAAAGAAGGCACGAAAGGGCGCAGUCAGAAAACUAGCUGAAGAAAUCUCCAAAUCGCAAUUGGAAUCACAAAACGAGGCCCAGGGAGUUGAAGAGCCGGAAGGCAGUCCAAGCACGCCGCCGAAAUCCCUCGAAGAAGGCACGGAGCAGAGCAUUACUGUUAUCUACUCGAAGGACAUAGCCACCCCGACACUACGCUCGGGAUCGGAAACCGGCUUUGAUAAAAAUGCUGAAAAGGAUCGAGUUUUCCAGCUGGAAGCCCAGCUUGCUCAGGCACUGGCAGAAAAUGCCCAGCUUGACGACAAAUACAAAGGCCUCCUAGGCAGAGUAGCAUCCAUACGAACAACUUUGACAGACAGACUCAAUAAAGAUGCAGAAGAGUUGCAGCAGACGAAGGGCAUGGUUGAAACACUAGAGGAGCAAAAUAGGGUGAUACUUCGCGAGAAAGAAGCCGUGGAGGCCGUUUUGAAGCAAACGAUCGCUGAAAGGAAGAUACUAUCUCAAGAAGUACAGGACCUUCGUCAACGGUUCUCUGUAUCUCAGCAAAACUGGUCUAAAGAGCGUGAAGAAGCAGAUAUUGUACAACAGCGGCUAAAAGAGGAACUGGAGACUACUAGGAAGGCAGGACAGGACUGGGAGGUCCUAGCUAUGGAGGAAAGUUCGGUUCGGAGAGCGCUUGAGGAACGGGCUAGUGAUAUCGAAGACCAAUAUAUAUCCCAGAAGGCCCUGCUCGAGAAAGAGAUCUCAAUAAAAGCCCAACAGGCCGCCAAGCUUUCAGAUCUCCAAAUGGCCCUUAAUGACAUCCAAAAAACCCGCAAGGAAGAACUCCGGGAAAUAGUAGAAAGCACACAGUCUCAAAUUGAAGCACUCGUUUCUGAGAAAACUUUACUACGAGAGGACUUAUCUGCUGCAGAGGCCCGGUCAAAUCAUCUAUCAGAGGAGAUCCAGCGAAUGUCCCACUUGGAGAGUGAUGUCAAAGAAAAAACGCUUUUGAUAGGAAAGCUAAGACACCAAGGUGUAAUCCUUAAUGAGCACCUAACCAAAGCGUUACGAAUGAUCAAACGUGGUGACCCACAAGACAACGUUGACCGCCAGCUCGUCACGAAUUUGUUUAUUUCGUUUCUCGGGCUUCCGAGAGGUGACCAGAAACGAUUUGAAGUUUUGCAACUCAUUGCAAACUACUUGAAGUGGACCGAUGAAGAUCGUGAGACGGCGGGACUCUCUCGCCCGGGAGGGUCUGGCUAUCCGGGACCGAUUCCGCCACGGAAUAUUCAGUCGCCUUUGACGCUUACGCACUUGAGCGAUUCCAGGGAUGGGAACAAUAGUGGGGAGAAUCUAGCGGAACUAUGGGCAUCAUUCCUACAACAACAAACAGAAACUAGGCCAGAUGGUUUAUAA